GGGGUUUGGGAUCCGACGGGUUGGGUCGAGUUUUAAACUGUACCAAAGAAUUCUCCGGCCUCCGUCCUCCUUCGAUCGCCACCUCCACUCCGCUCACUUCCUAACCAAUCUCCGGCAGCGAUACUCCACGAGGAAUUGAGAAUCCUGUGCUCAAGGCACGCUGUAAAGUCUUAAGGAAGGUUGUCAGCAACAAUGAGACUACGAUAUGCUAUGGUAUGCUCCUCGAAUCAGAAUCGAAGCAUGGAGGCUCACUUCAUACUCAAGAGAGAGGGUUUUGAUGUAUGUUCAUAUGGAACAGGCACCCAUGUUAAGCUCCCAGGCCCUUCUUUAAGAGAACCAAAUGUCUACGAAUUUGGUACCCCUUACAAGCAGAUGUUUGAUGACCUCAGACGUAAAGAUCCUGAGCUUUAUAAGCGCAAUGGCAUACUCCAGAUGCUCAAGAGGAACUUGGCGGUCAAAACUGCACCUCAACGUUGGCAAGAAAAUGGCCCGGAUGGGCACUUUGAUGUUGUAUUCACAUUCGAGGAAAAGGUAUUUGAUAUGGUUGUUGAAGAUCUUCAUACUCGUGAUCAUAUUCUUCUGAAACCUGUGCUGGUGGUAAACUUGGAAGUAAAAGAUAACCAUGAUGAGGCUGCGGUUGGCGCUCGUCAAACUCUAGCAUUGUGUCAAGAGCUUGAAGCAACUGAUCGUUGGGAAGAUGUGAUCGAUGAUGUUAUAUCUACGUUUGAGCGACAACACCGUAGAAAGGUCGUAUAUGCCAUCUCCUUCUAUUGACCUACUGGAUUCUAGGUUAGUUACAUUCUGAGAAGUACACGACAUAGUGUCCAUAUGCUACUUUAUUGUCUCAAGUAGUCGAAAUCAAUUUGAUUCUAUUAGACAAUGUGGUUUUUGAAAAUUCUUGUACCAUAUAUGUUCCUUCUCUUUUGUGUCAAUAUACUUUCUAUUGUAUGAACUUUGCUUGACAUUUUUCAAA